AGGUGGGCUCUGCACCGGAAGUACUCGUCCGUUUUGGUGACGCUGCAUUAGACUGCCAGACAUGGAACGGUUCACGCUGCUCGGGUUGGUCCUCCUCAGCGCGGCUCUGACUGGAGCUCAGACUCUCGCACCGGCACACUAUCUUUCCCUCAGUGACGUUGCCCGCCUUCAAAACCUCCUCAGCCAGCCCUUCACUGACCUGGAAUCAGCAUACUACUCUGUUCUUGGCCUCACCAAACUCGGAGCCACUGUUCCUGAUCACAAGGAAUUAUGCCAGUUCCUGAAAUCCCAGUUUGAUCCCACCAGUGUUGACUCGCUCUUUUUUGCUGUGGAGACCAGCCAAGCCGUAUCUGGGUGUGAGAUCCCCGUGUCCAAUGAAACUCGCGACAUCCUCCUGGCCGCCGUCAGCGAAGACUCCACCAUGACUCAGAUCCACAGGGCUGUGAGCGCGCUCAGCUCUCUGGGUCUUCCUCUGACCUCUCAGGAGGUCGUAGGUGCACUUACAGCUCGCAUCAACAAGGAGGACAAUGUGAUGGCCAUUACCUCAGCUCUGCAAACAGCCACCCGCCUUUCCCGGCAGGCGGAGCUCGGAGGAAUACUUGAGGAAAUCGAGGAUCUGACGGCACGUUUAGAUGAUCUUGGUGGUGUCUACCUCCAAUUUGAAGAGGGACUGGAGGCCACUGCCAUGUUUGUGACUGCUGCUUAUUCCCUGUCGGAUCAUGUUGAUAUGGAGCCCCCCCUCAAAGAGGACCAAGUCAUUCAGCUGGUGAACUCAAUUUUCAGCAAGAAAUCCUGGGACUCUCUGGCUGAGGCCUUCAGCGUGGCGAGUGCUGCCGCGACUCUCUCCAACAACCGCUUCCACGUUCCAGUUGUGGUCAACACUCACGGCCCGGCCACAGUGUCACACAGCCAGCCAACUCUGCAGCUCCUUGUGACAGACGUCAUGUCUCAGCCUCUGGCCUCAGCCAACGUGCAAGUGGAAUCUGUCUAUUCUAUCGCCUCCAAGACCAUGAUACUUGGCCAAGCACCGUUCACACUCAGCGACGGUGUCUUUGAACUGAACUUCAUGUCCCAGCAGCCAGCCAGUGGAUAUUACCAGUUUAUUGUUUCUGUGACUGGAGACAGCCGAUUGAUUGCCAACCGUGUUGAGCUCAAAAUGAAAGUGUCCACCGAGGUGUCCAUCACCAACAUGGACCUCUCUGUGGUAGACAAGGACCAGAGCAUCGGCACCAAGACCACCAGGGUCAACUAUCCCUCCAAGGCCAAGAGCCCAUUCACAGCAGACAGCCACCAGAACUUUGCUAUGUCCUUUCAACUGGUUGAUGUCAACACUGGAGUUGAACUCGCCCCCCACCAGACCUUCGUUCGGCUGCACAAUCAGAAAACCGGCCAGGAGGUUGUUUUUGUUGCUGAGCCUGACAAGAGCGUGUAUAAGUUUGAGUUGGACACGGCAAAACUCAAAUCAGAGUUUGACUCAAUCUCCGGCACCUAUUCCCUCAAUCUGAUUGUUGGAGACGCCACCUUGGAGAACCCCAUCUUGUGGAAUGUGGCUGAUGUUGUGCUGAAGUUUGUGGACGACGAUGCCCCCGCUGCUAUUCAGCCAAAGAGUCUCUACGUACCCAAACCAGAGAUCCAGCACUUAUUCAGGGAACCAGAGAAGAAGCCCCCAACUGUUGUUUCCAACACCUUCACUGCACUUGUCCUUUCUCCCUUGCUGCUUCUGCUCAUCCUGUGGAUUAAGCUCGGAGCCAACAUUUCCAACUUGAGCUUUUCUCCCAGCACCAUUCUUUUCCAUAUGGGGCAUGCAGCCAUGCUGGGACUGAUGUACGUCUACUGGACCCACUUGAACAUGUUCCAGACUCUUAAGUACCUGGCGAUUAUCGGGGGUGUAACAUUCCUGGCCGGGAACCGCAUGCUGGCUCAGAAGGCAGUGAAGAGGAUUGCGGCCGAGCAAAGUAGUAGGUUGGCAAAGUAUAGGAGCCUCCGAUAAAUCACCUGUUUGUAACAAAGGAGCUGCUUGUGCUCCCAGGCUGAAAAUUGAGAAAAAAUAAGCCAACGAAAUGGGAAAAAAAAUACACGGAAGGAGCUGAUAUGUUGACAAGCCCCGAUACAUCAAAUCAGACAUUUACACGGCAUGACAGUGGAAGAAUUUGAGCCUUGCCGAAUGAAAGGAAAUCCAGAAAAUGUCCCCAUGUUCCAUGUGACCCCUCCAUGAGUGCUGCAAGGCUACUGAUCGUUGCACUUCAUCUUCCUGUGAGAUUAUUGGACUUGUGGUAAAACAUGCCACUGUUGUCUCAGUGUGCUUUCUUCUUUUUUUUUAUUGUGGUUUCUUGACAGAAUUUAAGUCCCGGAUUUUUAUUUUUAUUUUUUUGUACAUUCCUCUGAGUUCUCCCUCUCUGCUCAGUUCACCUCACUGCAGAUUUUCAAAUCACAUACUUGAGCCACCACUGCCUGUUUUGAGUUUGAUGUGGAAAUGCACAAGUGGUUUCACAUUUAAUACGGAAUGUUUGCAGCCCCAACAAAUUGUUAACACACGGGCAAUUUCAAGAUAUGUUUUUUUCUAAUUAAAAAGAUUAAAUAAAGAAUUGGAGGUG